CUGAAAAAAGUAGGUAUUAAAAAAUGUUUGAAAAAAGUGAAUCUUUAACUCAAAAACCAAUCAAUUUUUCAAAAAUAAAAAAAAAAGAAUAAAUAAUGAAUUCUCUUGAUGACUCAUCAACAACAGCCAUCAUAAGUACCAUUUCGGUAAGGCGAUCAAUUCGGAUUGCAAAGCAAAAGAAAAUUUUCUACCAUAAUAUGGUAUUAAGUGAUGAAAACAAACCAAUAAGCAAGGAGACUGUAAGGGACAUAUUAAAAAUGGAAAUUUCGCCAAUCCGGCAAUUAAAAAACCUUACAAUUGAAGCCAGACAUACAUUAAGUUUGCAAGAGUCUAAAAAGAAACGUCUUAAAUUUGAAAAUAGUCUGUUUUUACCCAAUAACAAAAAACGCAAAGACGUUCUAAAGUUUUUUGAUAAAACAUCUCAAACCUUAAACAAAACCAAAGAAAAAGAAAAAACGCCAAACACAACUCAAUUAAAUUUCAAAGUCUACAAUCAAAAACCUGCACCAAUUUUACCUUCUUACGAUUCGGAUUUAUCAUCCGAAGGAUCAAAUCACUCUGACAGAAGUUUUUCAAUGAAGCGCAAUCGUUUAACAAACAAGGAGGUGUGCAACAAAGAGCUUGUUACAUCCGAAAAUGAAGAAUCAACUACCGAAAAGACGGUCUACCCCAGUUAUGUCGUAUAUCGAACAAAAGGAAACAAAAUAAAGUUGGUACAGAAUAAGGUUGAACGAACAACACCCUCCCCAAAUUCGACCAUUGAAUUAGAAUCACAAGAACCACCUCAGAAAUUGGAAAACAAAUCAGAAGAACCAACUUCUAUUACUGAAAAUCCUGAAUCAGCUAUUAAGCCUGAUGAAAUUGAAAACCCACCAGUUCCAAUCGAUGAUUCUGAAGAAAUAAGUUCUGAAAUUUCUCAAGGCACCUUGAUCGAUUUAUCCCAGAAAGCCAGACCAAACGAAAACCCCACAGUACUACCUUCAGUCAAUGUCAAUGUUUCCCCAUGUUUGCCAUCGAAUUCUUCUAAUAGUAUGGAAUUUUUGACUCAUUCAACUGCAAGUAAUGAAUCAACAAUGUUAUCAUCUGAUUGCUUAGAAAAGUCCAACCUAAAUUCUCCGCCAUUCUCUUCGAAAAAUGUCCUGCCAACAGAACCCAAGGAAGGUAGUUUAAUGAAGGCCUUAUCACCCAAGUCACUGAUUCCUAUGGCUAUUGUAGGCAAAACUGAAAUAUUAGCCACGCAAAUUCCAACAAACCGCUCGGAUUUGAUACAAGACACUGAAGUUCAAAGCUCCACUACCCCAAGAUCGGAAGAAGUUUUAGUUGCCACAACAAAUGCCGAGGAUAUCCAAAUUGCGCAACCCAUACCAAAUAUUGAUAAUAAUCUGAAAGAUAACUCUGCACGAGUUUCUAAUAACCAAGAACCAUCGGCCGAACAUGAAUCAUCUCAGCCAUCUCUAACUUCUGCUAAUAAAAUGAAGGAUCUACCGAGUUUGAAAAGAUAUUUCGAAGCAAUUUCUCGGCAAAGACAAAUUGCUAACCAAGAGAGCACUGCAUCAACAUCAAUUGGCGAAGAAACUGCUGAACAGCAACCUGUACAAAGUGAGAGAGAUGAUCGAAAAAUGGGAACGCAAGGCAACACGAAAAGGAAAACCAUUCCAAGAACCACUCGUGCUCAUCCCGAAAGCUCAACUGUUCAAAAACUUGUUCAAGGUGCUCUUAGCUUUGAAUUCAACCCACAACAUUAUAAUGCCCAUCAUGAAACUAUAAAUCAGGAACCAAUUCCUCCACAAGCUGAAAAUCAACCAAGUGAUGACUAUGAACCACUUGAUCCAUUGAAUAGAAUGCAAAAUAUACCAACUUUUAACAGAUAUUUUAAGCCUUUUUAUUUGCAAAGACCUACAAUUUCUGGAGCUGAGAAUUCUCCCUCAACUUCUGCAGCUUGUAGAAGAAGCACUGAACAACAACAACCUAUGCCCGCUGAACAAUCUAUGUCUGCUGUUCAGUAUAUGCCUGUUCCAAAUACUUCGCCCUCUGUACAGUCUUUGCCAGCUGCACAAUCUAUGACCGCCUUACAUUCUAUGCCUGCCUUACAGCCUUUGCCUACAACUGCUAGAGAAAGACGCCGAAAGAAGCCCCAGUUACCAUCAAGCAGCAAGCAGGAAACAACAAACAUGAGUUCCCAUUUCUGUCAACCUAAAACAACUACUGUCGAGACUUAUGGAAGAACUGUGCCAAAUCCAUAUUCUCCGACUUACAGUAGUCACAUAAGUUCAACUCAACAAGUUUUCAGCCAACAUCAAUCACCAGCACACGCUCCUGAACCAAAACCAAUUAGCCAUCCAUCACAGCAGUCAAAUAAACCAUAUACUCGGACAUCUAGCACUACUCGAAAUUCACCAAUAGAAAUUCCUCGUCCAGAGACGUUCCCACGCCCAACUGCCCCACCACCGUACUCUAAUCACACCUUGUACAGUCCCUCAUAUCCUCCCCAACUACCCGGAUUUUCACCUAACCAACAUCGUUUUCCUCCUUUUCCAGUUGUUCAGCAGCAACAACCAUCAAAUAUGCAUUCCUAUAAUGCCCCACAUUAUUCUAGCUCCAAGGCAUCCCAAUAUCCACAACAAUCACCCAUUCCAAAACCGAACAUGUAUGGUGGCAGUCCACCAUCAAGGAACGAGUUCGGGAUUCCUCCCCAAACGAAUUAUAAUUAUUGUCAGCCUCAUUACUCGGGAACUCAACAUUCUUCUCCUAAUCAAACACCAACUCGGACAGAAAAUAAUUAUGGUCACUAUGCGAGUACGUCUCGAAACUUUGCUCCUCAACCACAAUCGCCUACAAAUGUUAAUCCCGAGGUUAUGAGAUACAAUACAAACCAUCAAAGCUCAUUUUGGUGUCAAUAUCAACAUCAGCAUCAGCAACAACAACAGCAUCAUCAUCAGUAUAAGCCCCAAGCAACUGAGUCUCAAAGUCAUCCCCAAACGUCAAUGGAUCAAAAUACUGUAGAUCCAAAUAAAUGGCUGAAUGACAGAUUGCAACAAACGCUCAGACCUCACGAAAACAUUGACAAGUCAUCUUGGAUUGCGCGGCCAUCACAUCAAGAAAAUACCGUCAGACCGCCUUCGACAAGUCCAAUAGAUAUUGACACUUGGGUGAGAGCCAGAACUCAUCAGCAAGCCCCCAAACCACCACAUACUGAACUCACAACCGAGCAAAGGUUAUCUCAGCUUGAAGCGGUAAUUAAUUCGUACAACAAGUUCUUCAACAAUUUUGAAGGCUUUCCAAAAGCCUUAGUUGGUUCCGCAACAGGGCCUUCACUUCAGGCACCACCGCCCCCACCACAGGUGAUGUCGAUGCCAUCAACUUCUCAACCCUGGCAGCAGCCAAUGAUGAGUAACUUACCAUCAUCCUCCCCAGCAAUGGGUAGUAUCCCAACACAUCAGCCAGCCCCAGAUCCUCGUAUCGCUUGGGGAGAAUACUACAAUCAAAUGAACACAAGACAAUUUCAAGGAAAUGCAGGUUAUCCAAGAAGCAAUCCUGUCCCUUCUGAAAAUCAUAUGAGAAUGGAAACGAAUCCAGUAAAUCAAUAUCCAGUUCCACAACAAAUAAUUUCACAUCAAAUAAAUGCUGCAGACUCUACAACUGGAGGAAAUCCUAAUUCGUCUAUUGAUAUGAGGUCAUAUCGAUCAUCAUCACAACACUGCAAUCAACCUUAUCCACAUAAUACGUGUGAACCUUGGAAAAAUCAGUGUCAUUAUUUUAAACAUACAUAAUUAUUUUUUAAAUUAAUUUAAAACAAUAAUGUUAAAUGAAUACAUUUCAUAAUCUCCAAGAAAUCAAA